CUCAGCUCCAGUUGCUUGAGCGAUGCGUUGCUGAGCGGUCAGAACCAGCCAGCCUCCAAAGGCCAGCCCAUUCGUGUUUUUGUUUUGUUUUCGCCCAGCUCUGCUGGUGUGCUUUUUAGCGGUGUUUUUUUUUUAUUUUUUAUUUGUGAUUCGCUCGGUACUUUUGCUUUAUUUGAUAUUAUUUUAUUUUGUUGAGCUGUGUUGUGCUGUGUUGUUUUGUGCCUGAUUGCCACCGCAUUCAAAGUGCUCUCGACGCACUCAAUACAAAUCAUAGAUAUACACAUACGUAUACGUAUAUUUCCUUAUCAAAGACCGAAAAAAGGUUUUUGUCAAAGCUCAUUAAGACGACAAUGAUGACAUUCGACAGAGGAGGUAUACUUUUUUGCGCCACCCUUUUGCUAAUUAGCUGCUCCUCCAUCUAUGCAACUGUCAUAUUGGGUCAGGCGUGCAAUGUUACGGAUACCAUGCCCGGAACCUGCCGCGCCUCCAACGACUGUGAGCCCCUGAUCGAUGGCUAUAUCAAGUCGGGAGUGCUAAAUCUCAACGAUGUGCCCUCCUGCGGACUCGGCCCAUGGGAGGAGAUCGUCUGCUGUCCCACCAAGCCGUAUAGACAAAAUGGUACUACUUUGGGUACUACUUUAGGUAGCUCUUCCGCGACCAGGGCGAUCAAUCCAGAGGUCCGUGUUGAUGUGUUUAGGGGAACUACGGACCGUCCAUCGGUGGCAGCCUGUAAGGAAAUUCGGAAAAAAAUCGAUAGCAGCAACCGACUGGUCAUCCACAUUGUCGGCGGCUAUCCCGUUGACGCUGGUGUAUAUCCGCACAUGGCGGCCAUCGCGUACACCAUCAACUCCGAGUUCCGGUGCGGUGGAUCACUCAUCGCCAAGCGAUUUGUCCUCACCGCCGCCCACUGUGUGAGCAACAUAGACGAUCCGCCGGCUUUUGUCCGUUUGGGAGCGGUUAAUAUUGAAAAACCGGACAAAAACUAUCAGGAUAUCAAUGUGCGGAACGUAACGAUCCAUCCGUCGUAUGUGAGCGGCAAGUACAAUGAUAUCGCGGUUCUGGAACUGGCACAUGAUGCAGUCGAAACGAACAGCGUCCGGCCCGCUUGCCUUCACACCGAUCCCGACGAUUCACCGCCGCAGACCAAGUUGUUCGUCGCCGGCUGGGGGGUUCUCAAUGUGACCACUCGGGCGCGUUCGAAGAUCCUGUUGCGGGCGAAACUGGAUAUGGUCAGCCUGGAUCAGUGCAACGUAUCCUAUGCGGAGCAGCCCGGAUCCGUUCGAGCGUUGAAGCACGGCGUGGAUGAGUCGCUCCUGUGCGCCAUUGACCACGAACAGAAGGCGGACGCCUGUCAGGGCGACUCCGGUGGUCCGCUCAUCCAGGAGCUCGGUAACCGGGACGGCGUCUACACGAUCAUGGGCGUCAUAUCGUCGGGAUUCGGAUGCGCCACCGUAACACCGGGUCUCUACACGCGUGUAUUCUCCUAUCUGGACUUUAUUGAGGAAACGGUCUGGCCGGGCAAUUCGGUCUGACCUUCUCGACUUAUGUAAACCUUACCUGAGAUUUUUGAAACCAUCACAUGGACCUUAUUAAGCCUUACCCUAAAACUGGCUUACCCACAACUGUGAUGCGUAGAUUUCAAAUCAAGCCAUUACAAAUAAAGUAUACUCAUUUUAGCAUUUA